AUGAAAAUUAUAUUUGCGCUCGUCCUUGUGCACUUCUUGCUGUCUUUGUGUCUUGUUGGCUUGGGUGUUGCCAGCAUGAUGAACCCAGAGUCGAGCUCCAUAGUCUUUGUGGUGCUUCUGGUGCUGGCUGCAUUUCAGCUGCUGAUGGUGUUGCUGCUUUGGAGGUGGCGCAACCGUGAUGAGACCAGUGUCGACAAAUUACCUGCCAGGCUAUCAGACUUAGAGUCCUGUGUGCCUGAUGGGCCGCCUGAAGUUAGCCCUACAGCCUUGCCCAACACAGCCGAGGAAGGCCAUGAAAUUGAGGAGCAACACUGCGAUCCCUGCCAGUCCUGUCAGGAGCUCACAAAGUUGCUUGCGGAGCUUCGGAGGGACUUGAUGGAUGCAGGCGCCAGGGAGCAACGCCUGAGGGAUCUGCUGCGCAGUCGCUCUGCGGCCUUGAUGCGUCUUGCGUCACACCUGACCCGUGCUCAAGACAUUGGCAGGCCACCGAGGCCCUCGGCAGAGAGUUCCGCCUGCCUCAGCCUUGCCACCGAUCGUGCCUUGCCAGCGGGCGAGCCAGUGGAGCCUGUUCCGUUGCCAGUCGAGGCUGUGCCAAUCACUUUGGACAGACCGGUGUGGGUUUCCACCGCGGCCAAUGUUGUAUCUGGUGAGGAGACGAAGCCCCAAACCAAGCUGCUGGAACUUGCUAGUGCUAGUCCCGAGCUCCGGGACGCCUUGCUGCAUCGACUUCGGGCCAAAGGUGAAAAUGCCGACAGCUCCAUCGAGAUGGACCGAGAGGCCACAAAAGCUUCAAGGCCAGCAGAGGCGGUCGCCCGAAAACUCACCGAGCAGGCCGCUGAAUUGCAGCGAUGGCAUGAGAUCAGCGAGGAGAGCAGCCGACAGCUCCAGGGGGUGCAGCAGGAGGUGCAAGAACUGCACGCCAAGCUGAAGCUGAAGGAAGGGGAGUUGUCGCAGAUGCGUGAAGAGCUGGCGAUGCGGAAGGUCAUCAACGUAUCAGCACAGAGCCCCGACCUCUGCUUGAAAUGGAUGGAGGACGGACCCCUGCCUGGAGAAGUGGCUUCAGUGGAAGGGAUGAAACAACUCAGGCAAAGCUUAGCCACCAUCAGCGGCCCAGCUCAACUCUGCGUUGGCCCACCGCCCGCUGAUUGGAAGGUCUUCUUGCGCCUACGGCUGCGGCAGGCGGAGCGCUGGGAACCGGCCCUGUUGCAGCUCUCGGCCGGGCAGGAGUCCGGGGCAAGUGACUUUUUGGGUUUGCUGUGGCCUGCAGGAUGA